UUAUUGUCAUCCUCCCUGCUGUAGGAUCCCUUCCUGGCUGAGAUGCUGCAGAACAAUAAGGACCAGAUCAUGUGUUACCACGAACACGACUCCCUGCUGGACCACAAGGAGGAGGAAGCCCUGAGCGAGGAGGAUCGCAAGGCUGCCUGGGCCGAGUAUGAAGCAGAGAAAAAGGGUGUGUCCAUGAGGACCAACUACCCGGCAGGAUACCUCCAGACUAACAUGGGCUCCUCCAACUACUUCUCCUACAACAUGGCAGCUUUGGCCUCCAUGACCAACCAGCAGCUGGAGGAGCUUAUAAACCAGGGACGACAGAAAGUCAUUGAAGCAACAAAUGCAUUGAAGACUCUAGCCCGGGAGUCACUGGAAGAUACUAUCGCCAGAGUGUGGAAGGAGAACCCAGCACUCACAGAGAGUCAGGUCCAGGCCAUGGCCCUGGGACGACAGGCCAGUGUGGAGCUGGAGGUCAAGCGCAGGGAAGUCGCAUACAGGGACGUUCUCACCAGGCAGCAGACGUUGAUGAUGUACGUGCAGAAGCUGAUCACCAACAGGAAGGUGCAGGAGCAGCAGCUGGCCAUGGCCAACCAGGCCAGCUACCUGAACCAGCUGGCCAUGCAGAACGGCAUGAUGGGAGGCAGCGGGCUCAGCCAGAUGGACCUGCUGGGGCUCUACCAGCAGCUCCACGGCCUGGGCAAGAAUCCCGGGCCCUCCAAAGGCCUGUAGGUCAGAGGGACUUCCUCACCACUCACUACCCCCUCCCCCCACUCAACUAGACGGCUCCCAGUGGGCCAGUCCAAGCGAGGCCCAGUUCUCUGUAACAAACGCACUGUGACACCACCACUCAGAGCUCAAAGCAUCUGGUGCACCAAGCAGAGGGUGGAGUACUUUUGAGACUAGGCUGCUGUCCACUGGGGCCUAAAGUGGGAUAGACUCUCAGUUCUUUAUUCUGUAGUUCAUUGAGAGAAGGUGGAAUAUAAUGUAUAAAUGACUGUGUGAAAGGGGUCUGUUAGGAGUUUCAACAGAAAAAAAAAAAUGUAUAUACCGCCUUAAUGUUAUUCAAGUUCUAUAUCUUCAUUUUUCAUGUAUUUAAAGACAAAUUUUACCCCCAAAGCAUUGUAUUGUUUUUCUCUUAAAGAGGGUUUGCUUAUUAUUUAAACUCAGUUUUUUAUACUGUUUUAAAUGCCUAACUAAACCUGAGUGGGACCAGUGUCGUUGGUGACAGGACUCUAUGAUGUAAAGCUCUACAUGAUUAUUAGACCCGGUAGAUUCCUUCACCAAUAUAUAGCAAAGCAGACAGCUGAGAGUGCUGCUAAGUCCUGCUCUUUUUGGGAGACUGAAGAAACCGAUAAGUCAACAAAAAACAGAAAAAAAAAAUUGGCCUUAUAUUCAUUUCCUAAAUAAAGCUCUGUAAAGUUCUGAGAUUUCAGAUUUGUUGAGAAUCUUUUCUAUUAUGCUUUUAAAUGUUUACAUUAGUUGUUGCUAAACAUGGUAAUGGAAUGCUUGUGUUGUUCAAAACUGCCUGCCGAUUCCUAUGACCUUUUUUGUAACAUCAUUCUCAUUGUCACGUGUUGUCUAGCAUAGCACUGUGCGUCCUGUUCAUUGUUUAUGUUCCACUGGGGUGAGUGACUGGGUCUCGCAAAGCACAACCAAUUCAGCCGGAUAUCACAGGGCCCAAAACUUUUCAUUUUACUUGUCUGUCAACGGUGUUUCACGGUGGAUUUGAUAGGAAGAGUGAAAAAGAAAAUCUUAUUAUAUAUCUGGCUGAUUUGUUUCCUCUGCUUUGUGAGAAGUGCCUUCUGGACACUAGUCUCACCAGGUAGGCCCCCCAGUCUACCUGUAUUCUACUUUGGCACAUUUUUUGCUUCUAAAUGCUUAUGCUGGUGUAGCUGUUAAUCAAGAGGAAUAAUUCUCAUUUCUCACAGAGAUGCCUGUUGUCUCUAGUUGGCUCCUGUGUCUGCACAAGGUGUAUUUCAUAAAUGUAGAGAAACUCUUUUGCCCUCCUCUAAGAAUGUUCUUAUGUUAGCAAAUACACCAACAUGAUUUGCCAUGCAAUCUGAUCUGCUAUUAUCUUGAUAAGUAUUUAAUAUAACAUUUAAUAAAGUGACCAAAAGGAUGAGCAA